AUAAAGCACGGGUCGAUAUUCUUGAUUAAAUUCCGAUUAAUUGUCCAGCCCUGGUUAAUGUUUUGCUUUUUAAACGCGUUAGGAGCAGUUAGUUGUGUAAUCCAAUAAGCUCCAGUCCGUGUUUCCCCUGGAGCCCGUCCUGAGUCUGGCUCACUGGCAGGUUUGUUUACUGGCGGAGAGGCUGGGAGAAGGGAGAAGCGGAUCCUCCAGGACCUGGAUACUGUACAAUCUACCUCUGUUUGUGGACGCAGAAAAGGACAAAAAACAACUCCAAAAACUUUGUCACACACUUUUCUCUCUUUCAGACAGACGCUUAGUUGUGUUGGCAGGAGCGCGAACACAAUUUGGAGCAUUAUAUAUAUUUUUUUAUUUCUUUUUUUUCCUAUUCCUAAACAAAAAAAAAAAAGAAGCGCUGCGGAGCCACGACGGAGUCCCAGAGAGUGGAGCCCUCACUGAAAUCUCUGCACACACCGAACAGGAGUUGUCGCUUUUGGAGAUAACCAGCUGCCCGACACAAAAAAACACAUUAUUUCACAAGCGAAAUAAGUCAUCCGAGGUGUUUUGUGCUCGCUGGAGGACUUGAAGCGGAUUUUUACCAAAGACACGUUAACGUUACGCCACGCAUGCCACAACCAUCGAGUCAGCAGCAAACGGCUCCAAAAAUCCUCUAAAUUAAAUUCACGGCCGCUUUUACUCAGAUUUCCCUGCAUGCAACUUGUGUUUUGAGAUAAAUAAUAUGCGCUGCAGCUGUGUGGUAUGCAGGGGUGAUUCUUAAACUUAAAAUUAAUUGAAGAGUUGCUGGAAAAAGCAUCGCAAACUUCACUUGUGGCCUGGGCUCGAGUGGCGGAGCCAGGCAAGCUAAGGCAGCUAGCUAAGCUAAGCUAAGCUAGCCUAACGGGCGCUUGCUACUUUAGCUUUUUCUCGGGACAACAAAGUCUGUUUUUGCUUCAUUUUUUGGAAACGGAGAAAGUCAACUAGGUCACCUUAACCAACCAAUGCAUUUAACGACCCACUAAGAGCACGCGUGUCCCGUGGUGGUGUGUGUUAAGUGCUUUUCCAUGAGGUGGCUAACUUUAGCAGCAGCGCUAGCUUGUGUUUGACUGAACACGUUGGACUCGUGCCUCCGCCCAUCUUCCGGGAUGUCUUUUAUUUAUUUUUGUUUACCUGUUGGCCCACGCCGCAAAACAAAACCAAUUUCCUGAAGGCAUUUCUCCCCCAGUCUGAACUGUCCUCGCCAAAGGAUUAUUCUGCAUUUGAGCCGGAAUAGUGCUGGAUGGGGCUUUAUUCCGAGUCAGUGAUGUGGCUCCGGACUGUGUGUUUUGUUUUGACCGCUGUCUGCAUUGUGAUGAGCUGUCAUCGAGCGAGUGGAGAGGUAUGUCCAAGCAAGGACAUCCGCAACAAUGUGACCAACCUACAUUCGCUCGAGAACUGCACUGUGAUCGAAGGCCACCUGAAGAUCUUACUCAUGUUCAGGACCAAGCCCGAGGAUUUCCGAGGCCUCAGUUUCCCCAAACUCACAGUGGUCACCGACUACCUGUUGCUCUUUAGAGUGUACGGUCUGGAGACCCUCAGUGAUCUCUUCCCCAACCUAACCGUCAUCAGAGGCAACAACCUGUUCUUCAACUACGCCCUCGUGAUGUUCGAGAUGCUCCAGCUGCGAGAGAUCGGCCUCCAUAGCUUGAUGAACAUCACCCGAGGAGCCGUGAGAAUCGAGAAGAACCCCGAUCUCUGCUAUCUCUCCACUCUGGACUGGUCCAAGAUCCUGGACACCGUGGAAGACAACUACAUCAUGGCGAACAAGAACAACAGAGAGUGUGGAGAUGUGUGCCCCGGGGCGGCCAUCGGAAAGACCACCUGCCAGACCACCACCAUCAACGACAACUUCAGUGAGCGAUGCUGGACCCAGAACCACUGCCAAAGAAUGUGCCCAGCUCAGUGUAAACAUCGCGCCUGCACCAGGGACGACCAGUGCUGCCACGACCAGUGCCUGGGCGGCUGCCUGAAGCCCCACUCAGCCAAUCACUGCGUGGCAUGUCGCGGCCUCCAGCACGAGGAAAACUGCGUGGAUCGCUGCCCCGAAAACCACUUCACCUACAAGGGCUGGCGCUGCGUCUCCUUCGCCUUCUGCCAGGAUCUCCACAACAGAUGCACGAGGGAGAAGGAGCACAGCAAGAGGGCCGACUGCCACGAAUACGUCAUUCACAACGGUGCCUGCAUCCAAGAGUGUCCCUCCGGCUACACCACCGUCAACUCCUCCUCGCUCAACUGCACUCCCUGCGCAGGGCUCUGUCCCAAGGUAUGUAAGGGUCUGAAGACUGUGGACUCUGUCACGGCUGCCCAGGAUCUGAGAGGCUGCACCGUCCUCAACGGGAGUCUGGUCAUCAACCUGCGCGGAGGAAACAACAUAGCAGCUGAACUGGAGGCCAGCCUGGGCCAGCUGGAAGAGAUCACUGGCUACCUGACAGUGCGACGUUCCUACGCCCUCGUAUCCCUCUCUUUUUUCCGCAAACUCCGUGUUAUUCGUGGAGAGGAACAGGAAAUCGGGAAUUACUCAUUCUACGCCCUGGAUAACCAGAACCUGCGGCAGCUCUGGGAUUGGUCCAAACACAAGCUGAACAUCCAGCAGGGACGCAUGUUUUUCCACUACAACUCCAAACUCUGCAUGGCUGAGAUACGCAAGAUGGAGGAGGUGACGGGGACCAAAGACCGGCAACUCAAGAACGACAUCGCCUCCAAGACCAACGGAGACCAGGCCUCAUGUGAGAACCAUGUGUUGAAGUUUACCAUGAUCCGAACCAUGAGCGAUAAAAUAAUGGUGAAGUGGGCACCCUUCUGGCCUCCAGACUUCAGAGACCUGCUUGGCUUCAUGGUGCUCUACAAAGAAGCACCUUUCCGGAACGUAACCGAGUUUGACGGGCAGGACGCCUGCGGCUCCAACAGCUGGGUGAUUGCUGACGUGGACCCUCCCCGUCGAGCCACAGAAGGGGAAAAGGACCAGGUUGAGCCGGGUCAUCUCAUCCUGCCACUGAAGCCCUGGACGCAAUACGCCAUAAUGGUGAAAACCCAGCUGUCAGCCUCAGACGAGCAUCAAGUCCACGGAGCCAAGAGCGAGAUCAUCUACGUCCGCACCAACGCCACCAAACCCUCAGUACCGCUGGACCCAAUUUCUUCGUCCAACUCUUCCUCCCAGAUCAUCCUCAAGUGGAAACCUCCCAAUGACCCCAACGGCAACAUCACUCACUACCUGGUGUUCUGCCAGCGCCAGCCUGAAGCCAGCGAGCUCUACAAGUUUGACUACUGUCAGAAGGGGAUGAAGUUGCCGUCUCGAGUGCCGACUCAGGUGGACAAUGACGAGGAGCAGAAGUGGAACCAGACAGAGGAGCAGGGCCCAGGGACUCGGUGCUGCGCCUGCCCCAAAACUGACAAGGAGCUCAAAAAGGAGAAAGAGGACUCAGAGUACCGCAAAACCUUUGAGAAUUACCUCCACAAUGAAGUCUUUGAGAUCAAACGCUCGAGGCAGCGACGUGCUGUGGUGGGCAUCGCCAACCGAACGCACCCCUUCCUCACCACCGCCCCCAGCCCGCCCCACGGCACGGAGAUCCCUGAGGACGAGGAAACCUUUGAAAGCACGAAGACGGUGGUCACCGUCCCCGCCAAGGAGUCCACCGUCAUCUCCAACCUGCGCCACUUCACCAGCUACCAGAUCGAGGUCCACGCCUGCAACCACCCCACCGACGCGGCCCGCUGCAGCAUGGCGGCGUAUGUCAGCGCCCGCACAAUGCCUGAAGACAAAGCUGAUGACAUCGCGGGUCCAAUCACUUACGAGGUGUCAGAGAACGUGGUGCACAUUGCAUGGCAGGAACCGAACUCACCUAAUGGGAUGAUCAUCCUGUACGAGGUCGGCUACAAGAGACUGGGAGACACCGAGGAGCUGCUUUACUGCGUGUCCAGGAACAUGUACAAAGUGACCCGCGGCUGCAAGCUGAAAGUGAUGCACCCUGGGAACUACACGGUGAGGAUCCGUGCCACCUCGCUGGCCGGGAACGGAUCCUGGACCGAGCCCACGUACUUCUACGUCCAGGACGCAAGCGAUCCUCUCUACGUGGUGAAGAUCGUCAUCGGGCCGGUCAUCUGCUUCGUCCUGCUGCUGUUUGUGGCCGUGGCGGGAUUCGUCAUGUUCAAAAAGAGUCAAACUCAAGGGCCGAGUGGUCCCAUCUACGCCUCUUCAAACCCAGAGUAUCUCAGCGCUAAUGACGUGUACGAGGAGGACGAGUGGGAGGUUGCCAGAGACAAAAUCAACAUUUUGAGGGAACUGGGUCAGGGCUCCUUCGGCAUGGUCUACGAGGGCAUCGCCAAGGACAUCAUCAAGGGCGAGGGGGACUCACACGUAGCGGUGAAGACGGUGAACGAGUCGGCGAGCCUGAGGGAGAGAAUUGAGUUCCUGAACGAGGCUUCGGUCAUGAAGGCCUUCAGCUGCCACCAUGUGGUGCGUCUGCUGGGUGUUGUGUCUAAAGGCCAGCCAACCCUGGUGGUGAUGGAGCUGAUGACCCACGGAGACCUGAAGAGCUUCCUGCGCUCCCUGCGUCCUGAUGCUGAGAACAACCCCGGGCGUCCUCCACCCACUCUGAAGGAGAUGAUCCAGAUGGCGGCUGAGAUUGCAGACGGCAUGGCUUACCUUAACGCCAAGAAGUUUGUCCACAGAGACCUGGCGGCCAGAAACUGCAUGGUAGCUCACGAUCUUACCGUCAAAAUAGGAGACUUUGGAAUGACCAGAGACAUCUAUGAGACGGACUACUACAGGAAGGGAGGGAAAGGCCUGCUGCCCGUCAGGUGGAUGGCACCCGAGUCUCUGAAGGACGGAGUCUUCACAGCACAUUCAGACUGCUGGUCGUUCGGGGUCGUGCUGUGGGAGAUCAGCACGCUGGCCGAGCAGCCGUACCAGGGCCUGUCCAACGAGCAGGUCCUCAAGUUCGUCAUGGACGGAGGCUACCUGGACCGGCCCGACAACUGUGCCGACAGACUACACAACCUGAUGCAGAUGUGUUGGCAGUACAACCCCAAGAUGCGUCCCACCUUCCAGGAGAUCAUCGAGAUGCUCCGGGAGGACCUGCACCCUUCCUUCCAGGAGCUGUCCUUCUUCUACAGCGAGGAGAACAAGCCGCCGGAAACGGAAGACUUUGACCUGGACAUGGAGAACAUGGAGAGCAUCCCGCUGGACCCGUCGUCCUACUCCCAGAGGGAACAGUGUUUGGACAGGGACGAGGCCUCCUCCAUGGGCCUGAGGGGCAGUUACGAGGAGCACCACAUCCCCUUCACACACAUGAACGGGGGAAAGACCAACGGACGAAUACUGGCCCUACCGCGGUCCAGCCCCUCCUAACAUACUGUACACAUCCCGCGCAAACACGUCAUUGCUAUAGAUUUAAAUAUAUUUUUGUUUUUCGUUGUCAUUUUAUAUAGAUCACACUUUUAUCACUCUCUACAGGAGCCCCUCAGCUCAUAUCUCAGGACUUUAUUUUUCUCUUCAGAUGCCACAAACAUACACUACAGCGAGUUCACACACGGACGCCAGACAACACUUUUUGUAUUUAAGGACGAACCUCCCGCGUCUAUCUCUCUUGUUCAUGAUUGUAGUUUAUAUACUGUAUAUAUAUAUUGCUAAGUUUGUGCUAGACUGGGUGGAUAAUGGAUUCAACUGUGAAACAAACUCUUGACAAACAAGAAGGCUGCUAAACCCUCUGUCCCUUCCCCGAGUCCAGACUGUGUCCCUCUCCCCGAAUUAAACAAGAGGCUUCAUCCCCGGGUUGCUACGUUUUGAUAAAAGUGCCCUUCUAUUUUGUCUGUGGCCUACAUCAGUUGUCAUGGAACUGUGUCCGAGUCUUUGUACGCAAGCGGAUGACGAACUGAAAAUGAAAUAAAAAAGACUUUGGGAACUCAGUUGGAUGGUCAAAGACGGUCGAACAAACUCUAAUCCACUGGAGAAGCUGGUUGAAGUGGCUUACCUCCUCACAUUCUGCAGUAUUCCAAAACGGCACACAUGAUAAACACAGGACUUUUGUCAGGUUAUAUUUUUUAAAAUUUAUUUACGUCUUUUUCUUUUCCCUUUUUUGAGUUUUCACAUUUACAGCUGAAGGAUAUUUAAACUGUUUUCAGAAACAUGUUGGUGAACGAGUUCCUCAGAUUGACCAAUAGCUGCUUCUUUGGUAUAUUUUAGAGGGUAUAGAAGAUAAAAAAAUAUAUAUAAAUAUAUAUAUAUAAAUAUAUUGUUGAUGUUUUUGUACAUAGCUGAUAUGUUGUCAUUCUUGAGGUAUUUCCGGUCAUAGAAAAUGUUUUUACAUGUUAGUCUCUUAUGUUUAUUUUUUCUAAUCCAGAAAAUCAUACUAAUUAGCUUUUUUUUUGACUCAUGAUCAACGAACAGCACUUGGUCUUUUUUGCUACGCGAUGCCCGGGGAGAAAGAGUGUUUGGCCUCUUCAAGCUUAAGAUGUCUGCCCAUCAUAUCAAGAUCAAAUAAAAAUAGUGCUGUAAAUAAUGCAGCAAGGUGCAUUCAUGAA